AAAACGUGGUAAUGGUGGCAUCGUACUGCUCGAGAACGUGUGUAGUGUGUUCUGUGUGUUGUGCGUGAUUGUCUGCGGUGUUGGAAUCGGAACGUUGCAGCGAUGAUUACUCACGCUUACGUUCGAUACCAGGACGACAAACAUUUGGCAAUCGUGCCAGUGGAAGACAUAAAAAAUUUCAAUCCGAAUGAGGAUUAUUCGACAGCCUUCUUUAUGGUCAAAUGGACCGAUUCCACCGGCACAUGUGCCUACUACCGCGCAAGAAUUUUGCGGGUUGGAGAGUCGGAACAAGACUUGAAGGAAAUUGUGUCCCGAAAAAGGGUGCGGGUGAGGCCCCUAAUUGAAGAUUCUGAUCAAGCCAGCGAUGGCGACAGCAAUGUUGCACCAUCGAAGGAACAAGACAAGCCCUCCGAGAGUAGGGAGCGGCUUUUAAAAAUUCUACAAAAAAAGAAAAAAGCUGUGAAGGUCUCACCCUCACAGGAGGCUGAGCUGAAUGAGCUCCAAAAAAAAGUUGCAGAAAUGCAAAAAAAAUAGAUGCUCAGAACGAGGAACUCGUAGAGCUUCGAGGGCUGAACAGAGAUCUCCAAAAGGAGCUCCUAGUCAAGAUCAGAGAAGGCAAGUCUAAUUGGUAUAUUAUAUAUGAAGUGGUGGCACACACUCUUGGUAGAAGGAAUAUUCUGUAAACAAGAGUGUAAGAAUGAUUUAGCAAGUUAAGUUCACGAGGAUGCUUUGUUGGGCUAGUUGGUAUUGCAUCAUUAAACUCUACUGCGCAUAUACACGGGGACGAAGAAUGAACUCACGAGGCAUAUAGUGCUGAACUACAACUGAUGCUUAAUUUCUGAUGGAGCAAAAUUAUAUGGACGUAAAUAGCCUAUGACAGCACUCUUUGGCCAAGCAUCAUCAAAAAAGUUUUACAAAACAACACACCAUUUUACACACUGCCUAUGGCUUAUCAGCGUUCAAAAAUUCUAUGUCCAUUCUUAGGUGUCGUGGAAGGGGUCCUCACACCAUUUUCUUUCCUGCGAUUAUAUGGGUAUAGCGCACCACCACAAGGACACAGAGACACACACUUAGCACUAACUUGCAACUACUGUUUCAUUUGCGAUCACACAUGCUAUUUAUACAAUAACAGUAGACCGGUAAAACCUGGAAAAGAUCAUGUUAAGAUACAGCAGAUCUUUUUAUGUCCUUGUGGUGGUGCGCUAUACCCAUAUAAAUGAUGAACCCCAACCAACUAGCCCGGCAAUGCGCCUUAGCAUCUUUCCUGCAAUCAAUUUCAUACACUUCUGACAAGUGUCCUGAAAGCUUUGCUUCCACAACGCUCUUAAGAAAUGAGGUAGAAUUUCAGAACAUUGAUAAGCCAUAGGCAGUGUGCAAGGUAAGUGUAGUUUGCUUACUUUAUUCUUUGCUAGUGCUUGGACUAAGACUGCUGUUAUUGGCAUGUUUGGUACAUAUAGGUCGUUCCAUCAAAAAUGAAUAAUCAGAUGUAGUUUAGCGCUAUGUCUUGUGUCCUUCCUUCGUCCCCAUCUAUAUGUAGCAAAUGUACCUUCUAAGCGAAUAACCAUGUUCCAAUGUUAGUUGGUUCACUUCAGUUUCUGAUGUGCAAUUUUCAUGUAGGCUCCAGUAGAUACAAAAGUGCAGAGCCUACUGCUCAGUCCCACAGCCCUGGCACCCCUCUGCCACACAGCAUGGACAUCACUCUUCCAGCAGUUAGCAGCACACCAUCCCCCCCUUCAUCACCCACCAGAGAGUGCCCACAUUCUCCCUUGAAGGCGCAAGCUGGUGCAUCAGGCGGUAGCUUGGUUGACAUUGGACAAGGGCUGCGAAUUCCGCUGGAAACAUGGCGUCGUGUGCAGGCUCGGGACAAAGAUUCUUUGUUCAUUAAGGAUCUGCUGGUGACAAUCUGGGAUCCAGCUCAGCUACAAGGACGAUCAUUGCAAGGCAAGCAUUGUCCUCGUUUCCCAAAUCGGCCGAGAAAGGAUCCAUUGACACCAUGGAAGGUGUCUGUCAUGCGAACCUGCUACAAGCGUCGCUUGGAAAAGCAAGGUUUCCCAGACAGUGCGGUCCAAACGCUCAUGAAGCGAAUGAACCAUUAUGUUGGAGAGAAAAUCGCAGACAUCGACAAGAUGGCAAAGAGGGUGCAGCGUGACUAACCAAUGUGGCUGUAGCAAAGUGCUGGACCUGCAUGGCAAGAUACCGCAUAUUAUGUUUGUAAAUAAAAGAUGUUCUGUUUUACAAUAA